UCACUCUGAACCAGUUCUCAGUGAUUCAAUUCUGCUACAAAUUGGAACAGAAUAAAACUCUCAGUAGUAAAUUUUUUUGUCUCAUUCAAGCAGGUCUAGCUACAAACUCUGAUGAAUAGUGAAGUAAGUUUCCCAAUAGACCUCCGGAUUAGUCUUAAAAGAAGCAAAUUUCCAAGGCUAAAUUAGGCUUCCAUUUUGGGGCUAUUUUUAAAAUCCCAGAUUUUGUACCCUUAAGUCUUUGUUUUGUAGUGGUUAUAAUAACAUAUUUAGGUCACAUGUUACUUAAGGUCUUCCAGCCUUUAGGUAUAGCUUGAUGACUUCCUUGAACAUGACAUGCCUUGCCCCUAGCUUUAAUUAUUAUAUGACAGUAUGUGUGUGCGCUUUCCCACUCCACGAAGGCAACACAUUAGGGCACGAUGGUUGAAGGUCCAGGCUGCACUUUGAAUGGGGAGAAGAUCAGAGGUCGCCUGGUUGGGAAGACGGUGCGGAGUGUUUCUGGCAGCGCUGUCAACAGGGAUGUAAAGAAACAAAAGAGGGAAGAUCACAUGACCAAAUAUGAUGAGCUGAUUGGUCGGAAACUGGAGGAAGUGCUCACCCUUGGGAAAGAACUGUUCCUGUUUUUUGGAGACUUGUGUUUGAGGAUCCAUUUCUUGAUGGCGGGGUCAAUCCGUGUAAACAAUGUCCAGUUGGACAAGGACUACUCCAAGGUGACCACCACGGCCUCCCUGGAGCUGGACAUGGAAGGGGAUGCCCUGGCCUUCUACAAGAGUACGGCAGACAUCAGACUAUCCAAGGAUUGUCAUGAGAAGUUUGAAAAACUCAAGGAUCUUGACAUUUGUUCAGUUAUUUUCAACCCCAGGCGAGCGGUUGUCAUGGUGAUGGAACAGACUGGCAGAAUGGUGUGUGAUGUAUUGCUGGAUCAGCUCAUUUUGCCAGGAGUGGGCAAUAUCAUCAAGAAUGAGGCGUUGUAUGACAGUGGCAUCCGGCCGAAUACCAAGAUCGAAAACUUGACUGAGGACCACAUCUCUCUGUUGGUGAAGAUGACCCGUGACUUUACCAUGGUUUUCUAUAAGUGUCGCCGGGACGGCAAGCCGCUGCGGCCGUAUGAGAAGGUGUACCACGUGGGGAAGUGCCGGCAGUGUGGGGGGAGGAUCACCACCACCAGGAUGGGGGAGGACAAUCCCAGGGUCACCUACUUCUGUGACAACUGUCAGAACAACGACCUCGCACGCUUCCGCAAACAAAAACUCUCAACAAAGAACAGUUUAUUAGGCUGGGUCAACACGGGCAAUGUCCAAAAGGAAGUCAAAGACUGGGCGUGCUCAGUAUGCACUCUGAUAAAUUCAGCCAAUCAAACAAACUGUUCCGUCUGCCUCACACCAAAAGAUGGUCGACCAAACCUGACAGCUCAGAACCAGUUCCCACAACCAGUGGGACAUGCUUUUGUACCAGAUGAAGCAUUGACAGAACAACCACAGAACUCUGUCGUCAAAAAGUCAAAGUACACUUUCAGGAAGAGGUCUUUAUCUGGCCUGAACACAUCAGUGAACACUUCAGUAAGUUCUAGUGCUGACAAUCUUGUGCAGGAUUCCGAUCAGAUGCAUGCAAAACGACAGAAAUUAUCAACAGUGUCACGAACCCAGAAUUCAAAUCCUCCAAACCAGAAAAGUACAGGAGCUAAGCCGAUACCAAACAGGAGUGUGUCUGAGGCUUCAAACAGGAGUCAAGGAGGGGAGGUAACUGCUGUGCCCGACAUGAUACCUCCCUGUCCCGGACACAAGAGACGAUGCUUCAUGAAGCAGUGCUGGAAGGAGAACGAGAACCGAGGCAGGUGGUUCUUCACCUGUAGCUUGCCACGGGCCAAGCAAUGCAAGUUCUUUCAGUGGGCGGACACACAGUUCCCUAUAUGUGAAGGUCAUGGCAAGCCAUGUGCAUUCAGGACUGUGAUGAAAGAAGGGCACAACAAUGGCAAGAAGUUCUUUGCGUGUCCUCUCGGUAAACAGAAGCAGUGCGGCUUCUUCCAGUGGGCAGUUGGCUAUGAGGACUGACUGUGUCAUGAUGUACACAAAAUAAAAUCUACUUUAUGUUUGAUACUGAUCUGUACAGAUGUGGAACAGGCUGCAAUAUUUCACUAUACACGCACUGAGAUGUGAGGAACACCAUAGACUCCUUAAUUUGUCAGACACUGUUAUAUGCAUAUGUCUGUAGUGUUCAACAGGGGUUUAGCAGGGUUUAGCAUGGCCUGAUAGCA